AUGUCGCCAACAGAUUCUCCAGCUUUUAGGCCAAAAUAUGUUCCGCUCCCUGAAGUGCUUCCUCCGGAAGAUGAAAGGAUACAGAAGGAGACAAAAUCGAGCAAGGACAAGCCGUCACCUAAACUGCACGUCAAAACUCACAAAACUCACAAAACUCACAAGCCUCAUAACUCUUUUGACACUGGUUAUGGUUCCGGGAUCUCCUCUCCGUGGUCGGUUGAAGACCGUUCACCAGAUCAAUAUCCUCGCAAUCCUCAAAGUGCAAAACAUUCGGGUAAUAGGACCGCGCAUGAGAUGAUUGACGGCAAGCUGUGCAAGGUCAUCUACUCUACCAAAGACGGCAAGCCUAUCCGCUACGUCAGUCGCUCCUCAGGCUCUCCUAAGAAUGCGGAUUAUGUUCAAGAAGCACCAGAACGGCUGGCAGAACCUUACAGAAAUAAAUACAAGGCAGUCAAAGAAACUUCCAGGGUGCUGCAAAAAGCUCUUGCGGAAGAAACCGAUACAGCUCGGUACAACUACACUGCAGCGAAGCAAGAAGAGGAUGCUCGUAUUCUAAACGCAUCUCGUGUCAACGAGCUCGAGUCUCGCCUCCGAGCCGUGACGUUGCAGUCGCAACUUCUUGAAGAUCAAGUGGCUGACGCUGAGCGGAAGAGACGAAAAGCCGAACGCAAGCUUGAGCGGAAAGAAAUUGAGGAUGAGCUCAAGGUGCGCAGAGAGGAAGCCAGACGUCGCGAAGAGAUCCUCGCCAAACAGCAAUGGGAACAGAUUGAGGCAAGCACAAGUCCCAUCCAACCAUCCAGACGUCGACCAACACUGCCUCCUCUCGUCAGUCAGGAGGACAGAAAGCCAGCAACGAGACGAGGUGCAGGCACUCUCGCGACUACAGGCUAUGGCCAGACCACAAUGACCUCUGCCACCAAAUCACCGAAUAUCCUCGCCUCCACAAGCCCCUCCAUGCAGGCUAUUUUUGAAGCACAGCGAGACUACGACGAAAGCCGCGUACCAACCCACAACGACGAGGAUAGGCGACUCGCCACUGAUACCCGGCGUGAUAGCUUCUACAAAUGA